GUGUAUUGUGUAUGUGUAUGUGUGUGUGUGUGUGUGUGUGUGUGUGUGUGUGUGUGUGUGUGUGUGUGUUGGUAUGAGUGCGUGUCUGUACAAGUCCAAAAAAACAUCUGGCAUGCAACACAGUUCUUUCGAAACUAUUUCAAGGACUCAAAGUAAGGACAAUCCACAUUAAUGUUUUGUUUUUCUCAUCAUAUUUUCUGAAGAUGAUUAUCAUACCGAAUAAAAUGAGUAACCCUUAAGCAAAUGAAAUACCCAAACCUGAAUAAAGAGUCUUUCUUACCAUGGUCUUAUGUUUAUUUCUGAUGAGAUGCAUUAAUGGUGAUAGUUAUUUUUAAGGUCUCUAACCCUCAUUCUGUUAGCUCUCGUGUGGUACUUGAUUGAGGUCUAACCGAGGGGAAGCUGGAGAAAUCUGUUUCCCUGGAAAACAGCUGACCAGCCAGUUCCUUUUCUCUGACUCAUGCACUUGAGGGCUUCAUGAAACAGUUCUGGAAUGUGUAGAAGACUGCAGAGCAAAUAGCAUGAUUUGAGGGAGGCUCUUUAAAUCUAAACCAGCUAUCUCUUCAAGGCAGCAGUUAAAGUAAGGAGGUUUUGUGAGAGUUUCUCUCAGAAAUCAUUAUUGCUCAAAUGUAAUGUCCAUAAACCUAUUCCAAAAAGGUUUGGAAUAACAUAAGGAUGAGUGUCAGAAUUGUAAUUUUGAUGUUAACUAUCCCUUUAAAAAGUUUAUGGAUAUUGAUGACAUUUGUUCAAUAACAUGAAAGUAAAUAGGGUCAGUUUUAAAGACUUAAAAGGGCCCUUUUAGUGGUUUCCACAGUUGUUGACCAGAGCAAAGUGGCUUUAACUUGUUUGCCAAUCCAUUUCGAUAUUUAUCAGAUGUGUUUGAUCAAGUUUAAUGUUCCCUUUCAUUAUCCUGCUUCUUCAGUUCUUCUGUUUCUGGAAUCUUCUUUUCACAAGCGUCUGUGCCAAACACCAACCCAUUCUUAGAGGACUCCGAUGUUCAUGGCAGAAACACUCAGAAAGUUGUCCAUCUCGGAGACACCACAGAAAGGAUAGAUAAGAAAAGACGUGCCCCAAUGCCUCCCAAGAACAAGACACAGAAGGGAAAACCAGAUGUCCCUCCAAAAGCACCAGCGAUUCCUGAAGCCACAAAAGCUUUUCCAUCUAUAGCAACUAUAGAUGAUGGAGACUCUGAUUCCUGUAGUUUACAAAGGGACAAAUGUCCCGCCCCUUUACCACCAAAAAACAAGCAAGAAGUUCAAAACACACAUGCAGACCAAACUACCACUCCUCUUCAUAACGGUGGAUGGAGAGCUACUAGAUUCCAGGAAAUAGACCAGACUAACAAAGUGUGCCCAGUUUCACAAGAUGAGUCAAGGACCUCUGAUGCAGCCAAUUUUGGGAACACCAGUAUAUCGCAUUUUAGCCAGGGUCAUCCCAGUAACAGACAAGAAACCAACCCUUUUAUAUGUGCCGAGGUCAUAACAACUAAACACAACAAGGGUCCAGCUCCAAAGCCUUCAUUACAGUCAAAGUCUUGCAAGACAUCUGCAUCUGAAACUAAAACAAGUAACCAAGCUGAACGUGAAACCAGUGCUACCUCAAAUUCCAUUGAUCAAAUAGAUGAGUCUACUGACAAGCUUGAUGAUCUUCCUGCAGAUGAACAGCCUUCAACCAAAUUGGAGCACUUCGAAGGCCUUUUCUCAAGAGAAAGUAAACACAAGGAUUUACCAGAAAAGUCUUAUCUAGACUUUCUUGGAGAAGACAUACCUUCAAUGUCUGAUCCAGUCCUUGAAAAGGUUUUCUACUAUGUGAAUGAUCCCAAGAAUGCUGAAAAUGUAUUGCUUGAGAGUGGCGUUUCCAAAAAGAAGAGACAGGCCCCGUUGCCUCCUGCCAAAUCAGCAUCCAGCCAGCAACCAGAAGCUGCACUGAACUCAACCAGUCAACCCAGCAUACAAGAUCAAGACAAGUCAUUAACUGUUAAUAGUAGCAAGUCAACUUCAGGUUUUUCCCAAUCCCUGGUGAACUCCUCUUCAACCUCCAGUCAGGCUGUCGCUCGUUUGAAACUGGAAGCAGGUCAUGGGUCAGAGCGCCGGUCUCUCCCACAAGCCCGAGUGUCACCUAUUGAUGUUCAGCCCGUCACUGGGCAGAAAAAUGGGAGUGAAAGUGAGAAAACCGUUAAUUCUGCCUUCAAACCCAGCAGGUGAGGCCAUGCAUAGAACUUCUAGAGACCCUUAGAAGUAGAAGCAGAUGUUUACGGUAGGUUCCCGUUAGCUAUCCUGUGGUGUUUCUUGAAAAAUUUUUUAAAGGUUGUGAUGUUGAAAAUCUUUGUUGCAGAAUCUAUACUCCAGACGUCUCCCUGUUUACCAGUUCUGCUAAAAGGCAAAUCCAUGACCUGUGUUCACAGCUUAAAUAAUAAUUGCAUGGAAGUGACUCUCUGCGUUUCUGUAGUAUGCUAAAGCCCAAAGUUCACUUCAGACACGGAAGGUGAAAUGUUGAGACAGAAGAGUACACUAGGUAGUACUGUGAAUAUGUCAAACUCGUUCAUCCAUGGUUGAGUGCACAUAUGGUACUUUUCCACUGCAUGGUACGGCAUGGUACUGCACGGUACAGUUCACUUUUGGGGAGUUUUCCACUGGGUACAGUACCUGGUACCUGGUACUU